GCUUCCUGUUUUAAAGGGAGGGAAAAUGUAAUUUAUGUUGCGCUUGCGCAGUGAGCAGCUAGUAUAUCUGCGUGUUUUGGUCCGUAGAAGAAGAACCGCGCGGGCAUCAGUGGACUGCUAACAGGCUGUGGAACCAGACUGGCGGUUCUGACGGGGAUCGGUUCGGUUCGGAUGGUUCUCUGCUCACCAGUCUCUCCGUGUUUGAUAGCCUGAAGCUAACGGCGCUGCUAACCUCGGUGUUUCCUGCUCCCUGAUGGGCCGAGGACAAGGACCCAUGAAGGGGAGGCCCCAUGUUGGCCCCCCCGGAGAGGAUAGGCCACCAUUCAACAUGGGCCCGCCAGAAUGGGGCCCUCCUCCCCCAAGAGGCUGGGGUCCUCCACCCCCGGGAGGCUGGGGCCCCCCACCCCCGGGAGGCUGGGGCCCCGCACCUCCGGAAGAGUGGGGCCCUCCACAUACCGCUGGUUGGGGACCACCACCCCCUGGGGGAUGGGGUCUUAGAGGCCCCCCACCUCCAGGCUGGGAUCCACAAGCCCCCCCUUAUCCAGAUUGGGGUCCAAGGGGCCACUUACCUCCUGAUUGGGACCCCAGAGGGCCUCCCCCACCAGGUUGGGGGCGCUACCCUGAUGACUGGGUCCCUCCUCCAGACUGGGAGCGUCCCCCAAACUGGAGAGGGUGGGGUCCAGAGGGUCCUCUUGAGCCGUGGGCCCCCCCUGGACCUCUCCCCCCUGUCCCUCCACCAGGUCUCCCUCCACCCGGUACUGUUGGGAUGCCUCCUCCGGACCCCGCAGCCGUCCCUCCUGUGCCGCCGCCGGGCUGUGUGCCUCCCUUUGCGUUCCCUCCCUUCCCCGCCCCCGUCUGGACCUCAGAGCCCGUAGCGGAGGAGCCGAUGCCUAACCCGCCUCCUGACCAGCCUGAGUGGAUCAAAGCACUCAUCUCUGCUCCGCCCGACGACCCGACUUCCGCCGAGAUCAAGAAGGACCCGGAGCCGCCGGCCCUCACCGCUGCUCCGGACCCCGCCCCCGCUGCCCCCCCCACUCCUGCUGACAGCCCUGCGUCCAGGAAGACGGCCAGAGCCAUGGGGCUGCUGGGAAAGCGUAGAUUUUCCAAGCCUCCACCAGGCAGAUCCACGGGGAUCAUCUCUUUCGUCGGGCCGACGUUCGGCUACAUCGAGAGGGAAGACCUGGAGAAGUUCCAGUUCAACUUCAACGUCUUCUUUGGGAAUCCUAAAGCCCUGACGCCCGGCGUCCGCGUCCACUUCACGGCCUGCCAGGAGAAGGGCCACGCCGUAGCCACCGAUGUGAAAGUCGCUCCAGGUGGAACCGAAGACGUGGACCCGGAGAUCUACGAGGCCGUGGUCAGCCAGGCCAUCGAGGAGCCUGAGCCCGGCCAGCGCCAGUACCCCGGCCAGGUGUACGUGACCCUGGGCAUGGUGCAGACCAACCUGUCCUUCGAAAGGAAGGACAGCACAGUGACGCUGCUGAAGGGAGACCAGGUGCUCAUCAACGUGCUGAAUGACAUCAUCACAGAGAGGCGGCGAGCCACCAACAUCAAACCCAAGAUCCCCACCACCUUCAGCUCCACCAGAGAGAUCAGGGAGAAGGGCGUCAUCAUGAGUCUAAAAGAAAACGAAGGCGUCAUCAAGUCAGAGGAACACGGCGAGCUUCUGUUUGAGCUCAGAGAGAACCUGAGUGACAUCGACUUUACGGAGGAGGACGUUAACGAGGAGGUGGAGUUCACUGUCAUCAUGCUGAGGGCGGGGAAACGCGCCAUCAGGAUCAAACGGGCCAAGGAGCCCCUCCUCCUCACACUCUGUGGCGCCUCGGAGGAAACGGAGAGCGCGGCCACCGCUCAGGAUCAGGCCUCCGUUUGCCUUGAUCGACCCAGGCCCGGCGCCAAGAUACAGCUGGAGCCGCACAUGGUGCUGGACUCGGAGCUGUACGAGGGCAUCGUCAGCCAGACCAUCAUCGAGCCAAAGGGCAAUGUUCCAGGGUAUCCGGGUCAGAUCCACGCCAACAUCGGCCCUCUGAAGACCAACGUUUCCUUCAACCACAAGGCCUGCAGCGUGACUCUGCUGAAGAACGACCACGUGCUCAUGAACCUGCUCAUCAACAGCAAGAAUAACAAGAGGCGAGCCGCCAACAUCCGACCCAAGAUCCCCUUCACCUUCGCCUACACCAAGGAGAUCAGAGAGCUGGGCACCAUCACCUCGCUGGGAGACGAGGAGGGAGUCAUCAGCUCAGCCGACCAUGGAGACAUUCCCUUUGACACCUGUGAGAACUUCAGCGACACAGAGUUCAACCCUGAUGAUGUGGGGAAAGAGGUGGAGUUCACAGUGAUGGCGGGGGAACCCGACAAGAGAGCCAUCAGGCUGAGGAGGGUGAAGAGGAAUAAGGUGGCCGAAGACAAAAUCCUGCAGGAGCAGAAAAAACGGGAGGAGGAGGAAAAGAGGAAUAAGGAGGAGGAGGAGAGGAGGAGGAAGGAGCAGGAAAAGGAGGAGAGGGAGGCAGAGAGGAAGAAGGUGGACGUGGCCGCAGCUCUGGCAGCCGCCAAAGAAAAGUGGACACCAUUUGGCUUCAGGUACACCCCCCCCGACUCCAAGUACGACAUCAGCAAAGAGCGGUUCGAAGGCACCGUCCUCAAAGCCGUUUCCAGGGUUCCUCCAGGUGCGCUGAGGCAGGAAGUGGAGAAGAAAGGAAGCGCCAUGGAUUUAAAGGUAAAAAUUAAGCAGGAGAAAAUAGAUGAAGAUGAGCAGGUGGAGGAGCAGCAGGCCGAGGUGCUUAAAGCGGAGCAGGUGGAGGUGAAGAAGGAGGAGGUGCUUAAAGCGGAGCAGGUGGAGGUGAAGAAGGAGGAGGUGCUUAAAGCGGAGCAGGUGGAGGAGCUGCAGGCCGAGGUGCUUAAAGCGGAGCAGGUGGAGGUGAAGAAGGAGGAGGUGCUUAAAGCGGAGCAGGUGGAGGUGAAGAAGGAGGAGGUGCUUAAAGCGGAGCGGGUGGAGGUGAAGAAGGAGGAGGAUUCAGGCCGUGAGACGGGCCGACUGGUGAUGACCAUCAACGGCCAACAGAAGCAGCUCCCGUUUGGCCCAAAUGACUUGCUGACGAUGGCCACCAUGCUGGUUGGAGACAAGGUGCGCUUCAGCCUGGCGACUCACCGGGAGACGAAAGAGGAGCACGCAACCUUUGUAGAAAUUCUUCCCGACUCCUUUGAAGAGUCCAUCGAACAACGGCACCAUGGCAUCGUCAUCGAGUUCUCGGAGGAGUCUGGCCUCAUCAAGUGUUCGGAGAACCCUCAGCUCUUCUUCCGGAUGUCAGAGGUCAUAGAGCGGAAGAAGCUGGAGCUGAACGAGAAGGUCGAAUUCAGCAUCGUCCCGCAUGAAGGAGGGAGGCAGGCUAUCAGGAUCAAACGUUUCACUGAGAAGGUUUUCCUCCCAGUUCGGAAAAUUGGCGGCAUCGGUGCUAGCAAAGCAAAGAUGACCAUCAAGUUGUCCAAACCACCUGAAGCAACUGAAACUCAGAAACCAGAGGCAGAGAAAAUGAAGGCAGUAGUUAAAAGUCUUCGGAAUGAUCACAGCGCCACUCGAACCCGGUACCGCCGAAGUAGGAGUCGAAGUCGGAGCAGAAGUCCCAGCAGGACCAAGGAUCGCAGUAAGAGCAGGAGUCCAUCAAGAGAUCAGUUUGGCCGCGUGGUGAAAAAGAGAUCUAGCUCAAGCAGGGAGCGCGAUCGCAGUAGCAGCCGGCACAGACGGAGCAGAGACAGGUCCUACAGGUCCACCCGGAGCCGCUCCAGGAGUCACAGCAGAAGCCCGAGAAGGGACAGAGCAAAAAGCAAAGACGGCGCCUCCAAGAAGAGAAGUAGAUCCAGCAGGGAGCGGGACGAAGGUCACCGGAAGAGGCGGGAGCUGAGCCCUUCGCCGCGACGAGGUGGAGUUGUAGAUAGUGAGUUGGCGAGGAAAAAAAGGGAACUGGAGGAACUGAACGAGAUGAUCGCCUAUAAAAAGUCACUGGUUGAAUUUGAUCCAAGAACCCAAGAGCCUGGAGGACGGACCUGCAUCGACUACGACCACGGCAGGAUAACUUUACCACGGCCGAUUCUAAAGAAGCGACCAGAAGAGUCGGAAUACCACCGCCCCCCCUUCAGCGACCCUUACUACGAUCGACCGUACGGUCCGUACCCUGGCCGUCACUAUGGGGGGCCCUACAGCGGCCCGUACGCUCAUCCCUACUCAGACGGCGCUUACGGCGACCGGCCUUAUGACGGUCGUCUCUAUGGGGAGCCUCCCUACGGCGGGGCGCCCUCCGUGAGCCAUCGCUACACCGAUCGAUACGACGUUUACAACGAGCAUUACGAUGAACAUUUCUACGACCCAGCAUACAGGGAACGACCACCAGACAAACCAAGUCGGUCUGCAGAUUCUCGUGACCCUUCGCCAUUUUCUGCGACCAGCCAGAAUCCUAAUCGUUCUGCCAGCCCGGCGACCCAGACGGCUCCCACUCCCUCCACGUUCAGGCCUCCUUCUCCCAUCGAUUCUCCUCCAAGAUCUCCUUCUCCUAAACAAAGACUGGGUUCACCACAGCAGCCUCCACCCGCUGAGAAACCCCCUCUGGACCGCUUCCUUGCCAUGCUUAGCAAGAAGGUCGUCGCCGAGAAGAGGUCAGAACCAGCAGACGACCUUCUGCCUCAUGAGCGUGCUCUUCAGGAUGGCGAGGGCUUCUCCAGGAUCUUAGGUCUGCCGCGGGAGCCGCCCAGCACCGCUCUGCUGCAUGAGGUAGAAGAUAAGCAGCCGAGCCCCAAACCGCCGUCAGCUGAGCGAGCAGACGAAGGGGCGGAGCCUUACGAUAAGAUACAGAGUCUGCUGCGUUCCAUCGGCCUCAAGCUGACUUCUGGAGAGGUUUCUAAACUGGCCAGUCAGGCCAAGGAAAACAGGUCCAAGUCUUCAUCGGCUGAAAGAGAAUCCAGACCUGGUUCUGUGGAGACGGCUCCUCCCCCCCCACCUAUGAGAUCCUCCAGCCUAGAACCGUCCAGCCUAGAACCGUCCAGCCUAGAGCCGUCCAUCAGACCGAAGCCGGCCGGGUCGCCGUUUGAAGGAUUCCUGGACCAGCAGGAGCUGAAAACCCUGAAGAAGCUGCAAAAGCUGCAGAGUCGCAGCAAAGCACCAGAGAGCACGCCGCUCGCCCCCUCCUCCCCCAAACCCCCCCCCUGGGCCUCCCCCUGCCCACUACAAGCAUCCAACCCCCCCCCCUAAACUGGCCUCUCGGUGUCUUCUCCCAGAUUCAA